AUAAGCCGCCUGCUUGGUUCUACUGCAGUCUGAAGCCAGCUAAGCAUUCUUCCUCUGUGAACUUUUGCGGUUUGUGCAGUCAAGAUGAGUGGUGUUGUGGUAAAGAACAUGUCCUUCAAGGUGGGCCAGACCCUGACCAUCACAGGGAUCCCUAACUCUGAUGCAGCACAUUUUGUCAUCAACGUGGGCAACAGCGAGGAUGACCUCGCCCUGCACAUGAACCCUCGCUUCGACGCCCACGGAGACACCCGGGCCGUGGUGUGUAACUCCUACCAUGGAGGCAAGUGGUGUGAGGAGCACAGAGAGGGAGGAUUCCCCUUCAACCAGGGAGAGGAGUUUAAGAUAAAUAUCACUUUUACCAAGGAGCAGUUCCUAGUUGCUCUUCCAGAUGGCUCUGAGAUCCACUUCCCCAAUCGCCAAGGAGACGAGAAGUAUAAAUACAUGCACUUCGAGGGCGACGUCAGGAUCCAGGGCGUCGAGAUCAAGUAGACCAAUCAGAGUGGAGAAGAAUCUUUUGCUUUCUUGUCUGGCUGCUCAUUGGCUUUCCAGAAGUCCACACACCCACACAAGCCUUAUGCUCUGUGUUUUACUCACUCACCAUAGUUUUAAGUUGGUUUUAAUGCUCCCAUUCCUAGCCAAUGGAUGAAGCCACUAACAGUGAAAUCUACAAGUAAAAUAUAAAUUUUUACAGUAGCAGCACAUUACAAGCUUGGAAGUGUUGAAAGGUGAAAGUUCCCCAGGAGUUAGAAAAUUAAUGUAAAUUGUUUUAUUGAAGAUAAAUGUGUAUUUCAUUAAUGUGCAACAAUCAUUCCAGAAGUGGUUUAAGAAAAGUGCAAAAUAUUUGUUCAUUAAAAUUAUAUUUUUAUGAACCAUU